AUGUGUAGACACUUGUAAUGGUCCGUUGACGGUUGAGCUGAACGAAUCCAUUUCAAUCGGUGCCAUUUCGGAAAGCCAGCGGAGGCAAAAAUAUGCCCAAAGCGGCGCCAUCUCUCCACCACUCCACACAAAUGGACAGAUUGUCCCAAAUUACAUAGAACGGCAACGUGAGACAAAGCGGCGAGUGCUGUCACGCGUGGGGCACGAGCAGCCGGUUUGCUCGCCGUCGGUUCCGCCAAAGAGACGCAGGCAGGGUCGUGAAAAUAUGGGACGCGUGUGAGGUCAGCAGCCGGCGGUCCUGGCUCACGGAUACCCGGGAAAGCGAGACUGGACGGACGCGUGCGCCUUGGUUUGUUCGGCGUCCUCCACGUCCGACCCGUUGACAAGAGGAGCCCCAGCGCUCUUUCGGGAUUUCCAGUUCCUGUAACAUCCAGAACACAGUGAACGCCAGCUGAUCGAUUUCAUAUUGAUGCUGGUGGAGGCUCAGUUAUCCUCUUCCCGCCAACUCCACCUGUGCCAAGUCCACCUCUCCUUCUGCCAUGGCGAGGAGCAGUGAGCCUGGCAUCGAGAGGUUGGAGUCCAGUUCUGAGGAACAGAGCACCAGUCUCACAGACAUCCUGGCCGCCAUGUCAACAGAAGAUCUGGGUGGUUCUGUGAGGAACGGACGUGCUCAGCUGGACAGGGAUCAGUCCAAAAGGACUCAACCAUCACGUCCUCAUUUGUCUGGGAGGAAGUUCUCUCUGCAGGAAAGAGGCACUUACCUCUCCUCUGGAGGGGGCUACACGCACAUCUCCCCCAGGGUGGCUCGCAGGCCCACAGUGGAGUCAAAACGUGUAUCCAUAUCAGAUUCUCAGGAUUGUAUCCAGUUGAACCAGUAUAAGUUGAAGAGUGAAAUUGGAAAGGGUUCCUAUGGUGUGGUCAAACUUGCAUACAAUGAGGAUGAUGACAAACAUUAUGCCAUGAAAGUGGUAUCCAAGAAGAAGUUAAUGAAGCAGUGCGGUUUUCCACGUCGUCCACCACCGAGAGGGCCAAAGGCAUUCCAAGGAGAACAGCCCAAAUUCUUGGGACCCCUGGAAAGAGUCUACCAAGAGAUCGCCAUCCUCAAAAAGCUCGAUCAUGUCAACAUUGUUAAACUCGUGGAGGUGCUGGAUGAUCCUACGGAGGAUAACCUUCACAUGGUAUUCGAGCUGAUGCGUAAAGGCCCAGUGAUGGAAGUCCCCACAGACAAUCCUUUGUCAGGGGAGCAGGCAAGGUUAUACUUCCGUGAUGUCAUCCUUGGUAUAGAGUACUUGCACUACCAGAAAAUUGUACACCGGGACAUCAAACCAUCAAAUUUGUUACUGGGGGACGACGGCCAUGUAAAGAUCGCAGAUUUCGGAGUGAGCAACCAGUUUGAGGGCAAAGACGCUCUGCUGUCCGGCACAGCUGGCACUCCUGCAUUCAUGGCGCCUGAGACCUUGUCAGACAAACGCAAGAGCUUCAGCGGAAAAGCACUGGAUAUUUGGGCCAUGGGAGUCACUCUCUACUGUUUCGUCUUUGGAAAGUGCCCAUUUAUAGACGAGUACAUAUUGGCCUUGCACAAUAAGAUAAGGACGAAACCUGUGGAUUUCCCAGAAAUACCACAAAUUAAUGAGGAGUUGCGGACUCUGAUCUUGCGAAUGUUGGACAAGAACCCAGACACCCGAAUCACCAUCUCUGAGAUCAAGGUGGACCAGUGGGUGACUCAGGGGGGCACUGACGGCCUGCCUCUGGAGGAGGAGCACUGCUCUGCCGUGGAGGUGACAGAAGAAGACAUCAAGAACUCAGUCAAGUUUGUUCCAAGCCUCUCUGCUGUGAUCUUGGUAAAAGCCAUGUUGAGGAAACGUUCCUUCAGUAAUCCGUUUGAAUGCCCAAGUCGGAGGGAAGAGAGGUCUAUGUCUGCGCCCAGCAGCCUGCUCAUGGACUCUUGGCCUUUCCGGCCAUCUUUAAAACUGCACCCUUCACUCAGAAAGGGCAGCACAGGUGACGGACCCAGGGAAGGAGAACUCGAGGACCUGCAUGAAGAUGAACCCUCCUCUUGAGUCUUAAGGAUGCUUGUUUUACUUCAUUUCCCCUUCCUUGGCUUCAACAGCGGUGCGCUUGUCACUUCACGUUCUACACAGCAGAGGCAUGGGAAUUGAAUUUUUGCAUUUUAUAAUCAGACUUGAUUUUGUUUGCACUUCACGUUGGCCUCAGAGUAAGACGAUCCCACCCAUUUCCUCUUUGUAUUCUGGUCUAUUCUGGGGAAAAGUCAAAGAUUGGACCAAGACUUCUUGUCGUGCACCAUGUUGGACUGGAGCUUUUAGUUAGUUUUUUAAAUCCAGCAAGUGCUGUCGACUGCUCUAGGAAAAAAAUGACUAGUCCAAAUGUAUCAGUUCCUGUGGUUUUGCUAAAUAUGUGUGUAUUUUGGGGUUUUAUUCUAUAAAUUACUGAUGAUUUCAGCCCCAAUUUCUGGAAACAACAUUUAUGGCAUUUAUUUGAAGGAAAUGCAAACUAGCUCCGAGUGUUCUUUUUUUGUUUCUUAUCAUUUUUUUUCCAGAGCUGGAUAUUGGUCUUAAAGUGGACUACAGGGCUUUUUAAUUUCUGACCAAUGAUUUGUUCUUUUAUUACUGUGCCGAGAUGUCUGAAGGUCUUAUUGGAGUGAUUCCCACCAUCCUCCUAUGAUAUUUUGGGCAUUUCUAUACUGCCUUCACUGCCCUUUAACCUACGAGGGUUCUUCAGAAAGUUGCGACAUCAGACUUUUGAAAGUAAUUAACUAAAAAAAAAAAAAAAAAAAAGCAAAACUUCACAGAACAACAAGCCCUUCCUUUCAUGGCAAGAGUCUUCUAAAGUACUUGUAUAACAUACUUGAGACUAAGUAUGUGGACAAUGACAAAAGGUUCUGCAUAAUUUUGGCAACAUACAUCAUCACUGAUUUAUAAUGACACAAUCAAAAUGAAGUCAACUGAAGUGAAGAAAGAAAUAUCGGAUUGGCCAUUGACGAAUUACCGACUAUUUAUGCAGAGUAUCUCAGUUUGCGUUAUACUACUUGAAUGAAAAUCAUUUACAGUCAUUGAGAUCCGGAGCCCAGGACUUAUCUUGAUGGUCGUUUGUGGGUUUUGCUGUCUUGAGUAAGUGAACAGCAUGCCUGAGUAGACCAUUUGGGGGGGGGGGAAAUACUCCAUUUGCCUUCAAAAUGUCUUGAGUUUAAAAUGUUUUGGAUCCUAUACUAUGCAACUUUUGUUCUAAUAAUUUAUAGCAUUUGUCUGAAUCUCAGCAGAGGAAAAAAAAUUGUGGUUCACUUCAUGGCUUCACCUACAAAGUAUUACUUUUGUGCCAUUUUGUGGCAUAUUUGUGCUAAGGAACAAUGUUGAAAUGACUUGAAGAGCUUCAUGUAGUGCGUUAAUUCCAUCUUGCGACAUCUUGGUUCCAGAGAACUAUGUUGUUGUCAGCUGAAGAGCUCCGUGUAGUGCUCUGGCGCCAUCUUGAUGUCAAGGAAUUAUGUUGAAGUGAGUUGAAGAAUUUCAUUUAGUGUUGUGGCGCCAUUUUGAAGCUUAAGAGGUAUGUUGAAGUGAGUAGAACAGCUUUACCAACAGCUUGAUGCACCCAUAGGUAGUUGUAAACCUUUUUAAGUGGAGCUUCAUUUACUCAAUUUUUUUUACUGUUCAGACCUGGGAGAACAUGGUACAGUAUACCUCAAAAUCCUGCGUCCUCACUGGAACAAUUGAGCCCUUGAAAAUUGAAGUACUUUGCACAAAAUGUCUGGAAUUGAUGUGAAUCAUCGCAUCUAAAUCGCAUGUAGGAUAGUCAGUUGUAUUCUGAUGUUGAAUUCAAUUGGAAUGGCAUUUUUUUUUCCCUGUACGUGGCUGAUUAGUGGCUGUACUUUUGCAUGCCCUCAAUUUGGUCUCACCUUCAGUGUCCUCCAGUACAAGAUGACGAGGGCACAUUGCCGCAAUGGACAUUGGAAAAUCCAAAUUUCACCAAUCCUGCCGACAGCCCUGGCCGCCAUUAUAUCAAGGCAGAAUGUUACUUCCAUUUUAAAAGUGUUGGCAAGUGGGUGACUUCCUAAUCAUAUCUUUACGGUUCAAUUCUCAAAAAUGUCUCUGUAUUGCAUAGUUGAAAAGAUUCCAUUUUGUGUGGUUUCACGUUCUUGUAUCUUAGGGCUCCGAGGAUGGGAACUCAAUGAAGGGCUUUUUUUUUUUUUUUUUUUUUUAGCUUUUGACUUUUUGUCGGAACACUCAGGCCGUUCAUCACGUGAUCUGUGCUUUGCUCAUCGCCCUUGAAAGUUAACCCGCUGCUUGCACUUUACAUUGUUCAAUUUACUGUAAAUACAUGACUUUUAUAUGACAGACCUGCCAUACUGAUAUUGUGCAUCGCCUUCAAAAGACAACAGAUGCUUUAUUCCUGGUUAUGUAUUUGCACUUAAAUAUCAUUCAAACAUUUUCAGUUUCUAAACCAGCUAAUUCACAGCUUUGUACAGUCAAACUACGGAUAUGCUUUUGUUCACUUACCUGAUGUGCAUAAGCUACAAGCUUUUCAUUCUUGUGUGAAGCAUGCGUCUUAUUUCAAUAUGUGCAAGAAGAGGCCCUAAAAAAAGGUCAAUGUGCAAUCACGUUAUUUAAACCCUUGCGGUAUUCUUCCGCUCCAGAUAAAUAAGUAACCUGCAUGUUUGCUUUUUCUGCACAUUUUUAAUGGAAGUUGUGACACUUGCGUGGAUGCUCGUCUUAUGCAUGUUGUUUGAGAUUUUUACCUGGCAGUAUUUUACGCAUACUUAAUGUAGUCUUACAUGGAAGAUGUCGAAUGACAUGGAUUGCGGUGCUGUUGAAAGAGAAAUAAAAUAAAACCUGGGUAUGGUA